CCCUCCCCAUUUCUUCCUGGCUGUCUGCUACAGAACUGAACCGAGCGUUUGCAGGCUGCUGGGCGGGCGAAUGCGCCCAGAUUCCAAAUGAAAAUGUUUGAGAGUGUUGACUCUACAGCUGCAAGAUCUGGCCAAGAUCUCUGGGCUGAAAUUUGUUCCUGUAUUCCAAAUUCUGACCAAGAAGAUGAUGCCAACAAUGCUUUUUCAGACUCUUUUGUGGAUUCUUACCCUGAGGGUGAAGGCCAGAGGGAGGUUGCAGAUUUUGCUGUCCAGCCAACAAUAAAGCCUUGGGCUCCCAUGCAGGAUUCAGAAGUGUAUUUAGCAUCUCUAGAGAAGAAACUGAGAAGAAUCAGAGGUUUAAAUCAGGAGGUGACUUCUAAGGACAUGCUUCGAACUCUGGCCCAAGCCAAGAAGGAGUGCUGGGAUCGGUUCCUUCAAGAGAAGUUAGCAUCAGAGUUCUUUGUGGAUGGACUUGAUUCUGAUGAGAGCACCUUGGAACAUUUCAAGAGGUGGCUCCAGCCAGAUAAAGUAGCCAUCAGCACAGAGGAAGUCCAGUAUCUGAUUCCUCCAGAGUCACAGGUAGAGAAGCCAGUGGCCGGGGACGAGCCAGGGGCCGGAAACAAGCCAGCAGCAGCAGAACAAUAAAUUACACACAUACAUGCCAAGCAGCUGUCUCGGGUCCAGAGGGAACAGUGGAGAGCUCGGCAGAAGCAGCAAGGAGAAAUCGAGGGAGGGAAAAAGCCCAAACUUCCACUCCAAAGAGCAAACAGCUGCAAGCCCCUGAGGACUUAUUUGAGACUGGCGUGUGUGACUGUCUUGGAUGAAGUGACUGACCUGGUGUGUGCUGGAUCAAAAUACUACUUUCCUCUGUCUCACAGCUUGACUGAGCUCCAUUGCUGCACAUUAGAUGUCUGCUAAGGAUCUAGUAGAGGACCAAGUGUGAAAGUGCUUGGAGAAACUAAGGCCCCUUGUGUGUCAUGUAUAAUUAAGCGAGCCAUAUUUUUUCUUGCCUCUUCUGGGCAUUCAUGCCUGUGUCUCAAGCAUUCCCUUGGUACAUUAUCAGGGGUGAGUAGGGUCAAGGAGGGUGAAGUCUGCCUCCUUGAAUCCAGGCCCCAUGUGGAGCUUCUUUAACAAAUCCAUAGUAAAUAUAAGGACUCUAGGGAAAGAGGCUGGGCUUUUCCUUUGUCUUAUUUGUUCCUUGUAGAGAAAAUCGGUGAAAGAAAUGUGAUAAUGUGAGUGUUUAUGUCUGUAUAUGUAUUUUUUUUAUGCAUGACUUCUCUCCCAACUUCCUCCUGCAUUAAAAAGGGUUGGGUUCCCAAUUAGACUCGUAAAUAUGGUGUUAGUGUUUGACACUACUCCUGAAUAGUUCCAAACUUGGUCUCUGUGGCAGCUUUCCUGGCUGAGCUUAAGCUUUCCUCCUUAUUUAUCACAUUCUAGUUCAGUAUGUGUUGUCCACAUAAAACUUUUCUCCUGA